AUGAAGAUAAGAGUAGCAUUAUUACAAUUGAAUCCAAGAAUCGGAAAGAUUAAUGAAAACAUCUCCAAUGUUUAUAAAUUAUUAUCCUCAUCGACCCAACAACAACCAACACCACCACCACAGACAACAAUUACAACAACAACGACAAAUCAACAAUUGAAUAGCAAAUUUGACCUAAUAGUAUUACCAGAAUUAGCCAUUACAGGAUAUAAUUUCCCCAAUAGUACUGCCAUAAAACCAUAUUUAGAAUCAAUUGAUAAAUUUGGUCCAUCAUUAAAUUUAGGACGUGAAUUAAGUAUUAAAUAUCAGUCCAUUUUGGUUAUAGGGUAUCCGGAAUUUUCUCAUGAUGAUAAUAAAAUUUAUAACAGUUGUGCUGUUUUCAAUCGGUUUGGUCAAUUGAUUUAUAAUUAUCGGAAAAGUUUUCUUUAUGAAACUGAUGAAGUUUGGGGAUGUAAUGAAAAUCCCAUCAAAGGGUUCCCAUCAAUAGAAUUGGAUUUUUCUCCCACCAGCAACAAAAUACGUGAGGAUAUCAAUGUCAAUGAGACCUCCGAAACAACAACACAGCUGAUCAUUACAAAUAUUGGUAUAUGCAUGGAUUUAAAUCCUUAUAAAUUUGAAGCGCCAUUUAAUAAAUUUGAAUUCAGUAUGAGUUCAUAUUCUCAACGAGCAAAAUUAUUGAUUUGUCCAAUGGCAUGGUUAAAUCCCAGUUCACCAUCUAUUCUUGAUAAUGAAGAAUUUGAUAAAUCUGAUAAAUUGGAAUUAGCUCAAGAAUUAGAAUCAGAAUUGAAAGAAAAUUUAGAUUCUGCGGAGGCAAGUUGGUCAACAAUAAAUUAUUGGAUUUUAAGAUUUUUCCCUUAUUUAUCUCAUAAAAAUAGUAUCAUGCCCAAAUGGUUCAACAACAAAACCAGUACUGAAGCCAAUAAUGAUGAAAAAGUGACGGUUUUAUGUUGUAAUCGGGUUGGAGUUGAAGAAGAUGUGGUUUAUGCUGGGAGUAGUUGUAUUUUACAAUUUAAUAAUCAUGGUAAAUACAAUGAUGCUACUGAUUUAACUAAUGAAAGUGUUGAGUUGAUUGGUAAUUUGGAUCAAAUUAAUGAAAGUAUUUUGAUUAAAGAAAUUGAUUUAUAA